AUGGCUACUGAUCUAGAUGAAAGAUUCCAAACCUGGCUAACAUCACGUCAUUUAACAACAAGAGUGAUUAAAACUGAAAGUUGCUUCGAUUCCAAAAUAUUUAUCGCCAAUGAUGGGUCAUCCAAAGUCAGUGGAAUGUCUUCUAUUAAAAGAUAUUUUGACAUGUCGUUACGAGAUCGAGAUGGGGACUUCCCACCACAUGUCCUUGAAGCAGUUAAAAAACAUUUAAAGAAGUUACAGGAGCAAUCCAAAGGUGGACACCGUAUAACUGAAAAUGAGGAAGACUGGAUAUCUCAAGUAAAAGCCAGUAAAGAUUUAUUGGAACCCGUUUGGUCAUCUACAACAGCCCAAAAUCCUGCUGAACUAUUGCUACCCAUAGAACACAGACUCUUGGUAGAAGAACUUUCAAAGAACAAUAAAAAUAUGUUGGACGAAACAUUAGCCCAAUAUAUAAAUCUAAAUUUUAAAAAUAACCUGAUGGCUAUUUAUCGAAACUAUAUGUUUUUGGCGAAACGAAAUAGAGUAUCAGUUUCCUUCAUUGACGAUGCAUUUGGUCCCUUAUCAAAUGACACAAUAGGUUUAUUUUCUGUAAGCGGUUAUGCCCGUGGAGAAAUAAAUUUCAUGAAAGUAUCAAAAUUUAAAGGUCACGAUGUACUUUGCUGUUGUCUCUCUAAUGGGCUCGUUAUAAUUUAUGAAAUUCAUGAUAUCAUUAUAGAUUUUCUGAACUCGAAAAAGAACCCAGAGCAACCGCAGGACAUGAUAAUAAAGCCAAAAAUGCUAUUUGCUUGUCCAGACAGCUGCUGGAGUGUUGACAUAAUUGACACCGGAGAUAUCACAUAUUUAGCUGCUGGUCAUAAUGGACCUGGCAUUUCACUUUUUGGAUUGCGAGGGGGGUUGCAAUGUGGCGAACAAGUUUGUCAUGAUUGUCGUGAAAUACCAUCCAAGCAUAAUGUACCCUGCGUGAAUUUUAUUCCAAAUUCCGUAGAUCGCAAUGGAUUUGUAACUUUAACCUAUAGUUCGAUUUAUGGUAACGUUUCUACGGUCAAAAUAAAACAAGACGAAUAUAGAGAUUCUCUCCAGGUUCACAUAUUAGACCUUCAAUUUUUAGGAGACCUCUGUUGGACAGUGACGCCACUUUGUAGCAACGAUUUUUUGAAGGUGCCAGAAUUUGAAUUUCUGAAUCUGAAUUAUCAGACAAAUUUUAAAAAAACAAUUUUAACAUCAAUAUGUCAAGAUGAUAUAAUUUUUGGUUACCAUCCAUCUGGAAUUUAUCAAUCGAACAAAUUUGGCAUCGGUGCUUUGACCACUCUGAUCCCUGUUCCGCUGGCUAGGCUGGAGUGGGGUAGUACUAGAAGCUAUUUCAAUGAUGAUAUACAAUUGCAAUUUACAGCUUUUGAUCCAAAUGGGGAAUUGACGAUCGCAGACCGCAAUCCUCAGGGAGAUGUGACCGAGCUUAGAAAUCCAAUCAAUAAUGAAGCACCAUCACAUAAUACAAUAAAGAUAAGAACAGUACCCGAACCGUUGUACCAUUACUAUAUCAGCGACGGCGGCGAAAAAGUAUGUCCUUCAAAUACUGAAGAAAAAAGAUAUCAAAAAUGGUGGAAUUCAAAACUAAACAUGAAUGAUCAUAUAACAACGACAAGUGUUACAACAAGUGCGGCCAAAUCAUCGUACAAGUUCAUGAUAGAAGAAGAUACGAAAGGAUUCGAAUCAUCGAUGCAAGAAACCAAUCGAACCUCACAUUUAUUAGAACCUGUUUCCAAACAGCUUGCAUCCGGAAUUUUGAAAGAGCUUUUACUUGAAUCAGAUACCGAAGACAUGAGCUUUUGGGCAAAAUUAGGGGGUCUUACUAUGCAAGAAGCUCAAGAUGAUGACAUUACACCAUUCAUCAAUUCCCCAAUUGAUAAGGAAGAUUAUCUAAAUGGCUCAGCUGGUUCUGAUGACUAUGAUAGUGACGACAGUUCUUACAGAAUUUCACUUCUCGGUGAGACAGGAUGGUGGCUUCAUAAUCAUGUAAGAAAGAUACGAAGUUUGCUAUCCCAUAUUACUCCGGAAUCAGAAGCAUCGCCUAAAGGUUAUCAACUUUGCGAUUUGAAUAACGAUUUUUUAUUUGUAACAACAGUUCGGAAUGUUUAUCUUCUGAAGGCAAAUCCAUUAAUAGUAACAUCUUUCGGCCAAGAUGAUAUGUUCCCAGUGCAUAGGAUGGAUCUAUGCUCAGAACAUGAACUAAUCGACUCUCUGAAUCGUAUUAAUUUUGUAUGCCACAUAAGGGAAUUAAAUUGUAUCGUGGUAGCCUCCCAAUUAGGAUUAGUCUCGUUGUUGAGAUUAACCGAAUAUAAGGGUAUUUUCUCAUUUAGACAAGAGUAUAUUCUGGGAUGGAAAUGCCAAGACCCGAACCUUUCCUACCCAGACCAUCAAUGUAUUCGUGGUUCCUUUCAAGACUCGCAAAGAAAUCGAUAUUGUGAUUGUGAUGAUGUACGAUUUCCUUACUUCAACAUUGUUGGAAUGGAUUAUUCUUACAUCCCAGCCAAUGAGGUAUCUGGAGUUACUGAAUGUGCUAUACUUCACUUAGUCAGUGAUAAAACUCAUCGCAGGUUUAAAAUUUCACCAGGCAGUGUAUCUCCCAUAUAG